AUGUCAGAUACUGAAAGACUUGUGGAGGGUGCCGGUCCGUCGAGAGAAACGCCAGAAAGUGCUGAAGGUGAUCGACCUAGCACUUCUGAACGUGAAGCCUAUUUUCAAGCCCUUCGAUUAUGGAUACAACAGGCGCAGUUAUACCAAAACCUUUCAACAUGUUUUCCUUAUUAUAUGAUGAGCUUACAAGGAUUUCAAAAUAAUCCAACAAAUGUUCCUUUGCUAAAUAAUAAUUACCAGUUUCAAGGACAACAAUUUCCUUUUCAAGUACCAAUUCCACCUCGACCUCCAGCAGAAAAUCAACCAGCAGCUGAUCCUCAGACACCAGCUGAGGUGAUAGCAAGACAUGGAGGAUUUGAAUAUAUUAUACCACCAUUGUAUAAGAGAUUGAUUGCAGAGUUUAUUGACUUUAUGCUUUUAUUCAUUCUUAAACUUGUUGUCACUUUUGUUGCGGUGGAUAUGUUCGAGUUAAUUGAUCUAGAAAAAUUUGAUAUCUAUAAAUUUAGUGAAAACUAUAAUGAUUACAAAUAUGCUAUGGAACUUACAUCAGAAAUUCUUUUGCUGGAAAUAAUAUACAGGACACUUGUAUGCAUAUUCGAGGCAUUUUGUCUCAGUGGAAGUGUUGGUCGAACUGGAGGAGCCACUCCUGGUAAAGCAUUACUUGGCCUUAGAGUUGUCACAGCAUCUGCUGUACUACCAGUUGAGGGUAGGCCCAAAGAAACAGUUUUGCUAUAUCCCGGAAAACCUCCAACUUUUAUUCUUGCAUUAGUCAGGUCAUUAAUGAAGAAUUUCCUCAUUUCUCUUUUAUUUCCAUUAUGUGUGGUGCUAUUUGUUUUUCGUCAUAAUCGUACUGGAUAUGAUCUUUUAUGUGGUGUAAUAGUAGUAGAAGAAAAUAUGUUUCCACCAAGAAGACAUGCUCCU